AAGCACAACCCGGCGAGAGGAGAGCGAGAGCCAUCGACGAGACGGCAAGAUGCAGAUCUUCGUGAAGACGCUGACCGGGAAGACCAUCACGCUGGAGGUGGAGUCCUCGGACACCAUCGACAACGUCAAGGCCAAGAUCCAUGACAAGGAAGGUAUCCCGCCGGACCAGCAGCGCCUCAUCUUCGCGGGGAAGCAGCUGGAGGAUGGCCGCACUCUGGCCGACUACAACAUCCAAAAGGAGUCGACGCUUCACCUGGUGCUGCGCCUCCGCGGCGGCAGCAGAGGUCAAUACCCCAAGAACCUCGAGCCCAACCUCCGCAUCCUUGCUCAAAAGUACAAUGAGAACAAACUAGUCUGCCGCAGGUGCUAUGCACGCCUACCCCUCAGGGCCACCAACUGCCGCAAGAAGAAGUGUGGACAUAACAAUCAGAUAAGGGAAAAGAAGAGGUUUAUGUCCAAGUUUGGGAGCGAUUCUUGAACAUUGGAAAUGAUGCUGAAGCAACCAUCUACCGUCAUAUAUAAUGGAGUUUUAAGUUCUGUCCUAGUUUUAAGUUAUGUUAGAUUUUGCUAAAUCGUCUAGCGCCAUAUAUAUAUAUUGGAGUAUAGUUUUGUCCAGUCCGGAUUUUGAACCUAUGUAUAUGCUAUCAAAUAUCCAUAUUAUAUAGAGUUAUUUAUUUUGA